AUGUCAAUGCAUUUCGAAAACCACACAAAUCCGGCGACGGGCGCCACUUCAACGGUCCCCAAUAGAGAGGCAGCUAUGCCGAAACAAUCACACCCAGAAGACCCUCCGUGCGUGGUUGGGAUGGCCUGCAGGGUCCCAGGUGCCUCAAGCCCGUCACAGCUCUGGGACAACAUUGUCAAUAAGAAAGACCUCCAGAGGAAAAUGCCUGCAGAUCGUUUCAACGUGGAUGCCUUCUACCAUCCGGACGGAACGCACAAGGGCACUACGAAUGCCAAAUAUGGGUACUUUCUGGAUCAAGAUCUGGGACUGUUUGACGCCGGCUUCUUCAGCAUUUCGGGGAAAGAGGCGGAGGCAAUGGAUCCCCAGCAGCGGCUCCUGCUUGAGGUUGUCUACGAGGCCUUAGAAGACGCCGGCAUCACCCUGGAUGAGAUUCACGGGUCCCUCACCUCCGUCUACUGCGGUUGCUUUACAAACGACUACAACGCCAUGACGACCAAAGACCUUGAGUACUAUCCCAAGUACACCGUAACUGGCACCGGCAACUCCAUUCUCGCAAACCGGAUAUCCUACUUCUACAACUUACACGGACCCAGCGCGACCAUCGACACGGCCUGCUCGUCUUCCCUAGUCUGUUUCCACCUAGGCGCACAGUCCCUCCGCAACGCAGACGCAGAUAUCUCCAUUGUCGUCGGGUCUGCGUUGCAUUUCGACCCAAACAUCUUCAUCACAAUGACAGAUCUCGGCAUGCUAUCUACCGAUGGCCGCUGCCGCCACGGCGACGCUGCAGGCAGCGGCUAUGUCCGCGGCGAAGGCAUCGCUGCAAUGAUCCUCAAACGCCAGAGUCGAGCGCACGCAGACGGCGACAGUAUCCGUGCUGUUGUACGUGGAACUGGAGUUAACCACGAUGGUCGCAAGCAGGGAAUUACGCUCCCCUCUGCGCGCGCCCAGGCGGAUUUAAUCAAGAGUACCUACGCAAGGGCUGGCCUGGACCCAGCGCAUACGAGCUACGUCGAGUGCCACGGAACGGGCACAAAGGCCGGGGACCCGAGAGAGCUCAGGGCUAUCCAUGAUGUCUUCUCCCGUGGGCGUCCGGAACCGCUGUAUGUUGGCUCUGUGAAGACGAAUAUCGGGCAUCUGGAGGGCGCAUCUGGGGUUGCGGGUUUGAUAAAGGCCACCAUGGCACUGGAGAGGAGGGUCAUUCCGCCUAAUAUGCACUUCUCGACGCCGAAUCCCGAAGUAGACUUUAGGAACUGGAAGCUGGAGAUCCCGACGGAGUCGAAGCAGUGGGAUGUGCCAGGGGGGGAUGUUCCUCGCCGGGCCUCGAUCAACUCGUUUGGAUAUGGGGGGACCAAUGCACACGUUAUUUUGGAAGAGUACAAUAAGGAACAAUCUUCCUCUUUGUCUAUUUCGUCGUCUUGUCUGUCACUCCCCGCUGAGCUGGCUGGAAUGGUUGAACGCAGACCAUAUCUGGUGCCAUUGACUUCGCAUUCAGAGCGGGCCGGAAAGCAGUGGGCUGAGACGCUCACGACAUACUUGAACAGCAGCAAUGCCAGCGUUCCAGACAUUGGCGCUGCUCUAACAGCCCGUCGGACAAUGCACCGGUUCCGGUCAUUCGCCACAUCCUCCGACAUGGAAAAGCUGAUCGACCGGAUCCAGGACCCUCUUCCAGGAUCAGGCUGGAAGGGCAAGCUCGACGCCGUGCCACGGAUUGGCUUUGUAUUUACCGGCCAAGGAGCCCAAUGGUUUGGCAUGGGUCGCAGCCUCAUAGAGCAGUGUCCGCUGUUCUUACAAACUCUGCAGAAAUGUGACGCCAUCCUGCAGGCUCUGCCCUCCCAUCGCCCAAGCUGGUCUGUGGUAGAAGAGCUGCAGAAGUCCCAGGAUGACACCAUGCUGGGGCAGACAGAGUACUCGCAGCCUAUCUGCACGGCUGUACAGCUGGCCCUAGUUCACGUUCUUGAGCAGUGGGGAGUGAAGCCCUCUGGCGUGGUCGGCCACAGCAGCGGUGAAUUGGCCGCCACCUAUGCGGCAGGUCUUUUAUCCUUCGAGAAUGCCCUGGUCGCGGCAUAUUACCGCGGAGUGCAUAUGGGAUCUGGCGCUGCAGCGUCGGGGUCUGUCCCUGGGGCGAUGAUGGCCGUUGGAAUGACAGAGGCGGAGGUCACAGCGGAGCUGGAGCCGUAUAGAGGGCGGAUUGCCAUUGCGGCGAUGAACAGUCCGUCGAGCUUUACUGUUUCUGGAGACGAGGACGCAGUCGUUGAACUACAGCAGAUUCUCACUGAGAGAAAGGUGUUUGCUCGCCGGUUGCAGGUUGCACAGGCUUUCCAUAGCCAUCAUAUGCUCCCCCUGGCACCGGGAUAUAAGCAAGCCCUUUCUGCCUACCCCGGUUUCAAAGCAAACAAGAGCCGGACUGCGAUCAUGGUAUCCAGUGUGACAGGCCGAUAUGCAGACCCAGCCACCCUAGGGCCAGACUACCUGGCGGCGAACAUGACCGGCAUGGUGAAGUUUUCCGAUGCUCUGACUGAGCUCGUCCUAGACGAAUCGGACCAGCAGCGCAUAGACGUUCUCGUCGAACUCGGCCCUCAUCCAGCCCUCAAGGGGCCCUCCAAUCAGACACUGGACCAGCUGAAGCUGAAACUCCCAUAUCUCAGCACUCUGGACCGGAAGCAGGAUGCGUAUGAAAGUCUCCUAGCCACUGCCGGCCAGUUGUUUGCUUUGGGAUACCCAGUUGAUCUUCAACGGGUGAACCAGAAUCAGUUUGUCGAUGCAAUUGGCGACAUUAUCAAUGUAGAGACACCAAGGCCAAUGAUUGAACUGCCUUCUUAUGCCUGGGACCACCAUGAUCGAUACUGGGCCGAGACCCGUCACAUCCGUGAACACCGUCUUCGCCCAUCCCGCCAUGCUAUUCUAGGUGGACGAGUCCCUGGAUCGUUGGGUACUCGCCCUAGGUGGCGCAACUACCUCCGGUCUUCUGAGAUCCCCUGGCUUGCUGAUCACUGCAUCGAUGGGAAGGUUAUAUUCCCCGCGGCAGGCUAUAUCAACAUGGCAAUUGAAGCAGCCGCUAGCAUGGCAGACGGCAGCAUACGUGAAUUCGAGCUUGUAGACAUAUCCGUGAAAUCGGCCCUCGUCAUCAGCGACAAAGAUGAGGGAACAGAGACUAUUGUCGAGCUGGCACCGGCAGUCGAAUCCGCCGAAACCUCCUCAUCCAUAUGGACGCACUUUGUCGUCCUCUCUGUCGACGAAACCGGGAACCAGCGCGAGCAUUGCACAGGCAUGAUCCGAGUUGAAGCCGGCCACCCAGCAGCCCUUCAAAGCGCCAUGGGCUCCUCAUGUACCGAGUCCAUCAGCCAGCAGAGCUUCCGCAGUACAGACCCCAUGCACUACUAUCGCCGCCUGCACUCAAUGGGGCUGCAAUAUGGUCCCACCUUCCAACUCGUGGCCGGCAACGUGGAGAGCGGGGAUGGAGUUGCCACGGCGCCGAUAUCAUGGAAUCCUGGCAUGCACUCUCGUGAGGAUAGCGAUUUGUGCAUCCUACACCCAGCCCUGCUGGAUUCCUGUCUGCAUCCUGUCUUUGCUGCCGUCGAGGGCAAACUGGGGAGUGGCCUCAGCGCGCCGUAUGUUCCGACGUUCGUGCGCUCCCUUCGCGUAUCUGGUCUAUUGGAUGCGUGGAAGAGAGCAGGAACAGGAUUCGAGUCGGAGGUAGUUGUUGAAACGAGCGCGCUGGGGCCUCGGACUGCUACUAAUGAUCUUCGUCUAAACUCGAAUGGGCAGCUGUUGCUGGAUAUACAGGGUCUCAAGUUGACGAGUCUUGGGUCGAGCGCGGCGGAUGACACCAAGCGGUCUCUGUUCUUUGGAACGCAGUGGAAGCCCAUGUUCACUGCGAUUGAGCUGGCUCCUGAGAUGGGCUACAGUCUGGUGAAACUUGUGGAGUUGUUUGUGCAUCAAUUUCCGAAUAGCAGGAUUCUUCAUAUCACCUCGUCUAUGGCGAGCACAGAGGAAAUCCUGCCCGCCCUGAAGGGAGUUGAAGAUUCAGAGAGACGGAAUAUUGCACACUUGACCAUUCUUUCAGUGAAUGGGACUACGACUUUCGAUGGGCUAGCUAGUCGAGGAAAUGGCCUGGUGAGUGUCGUUGAAGACACGGAGGACGACUUUGACUUGGUCAUUGUGUCCGGAACUGAUAUCAAGGCGCCGUCUGUAUCUGAACGAGUGGCUGAAAAUGGAUUCCUUAUCUCCUCUGCUGCAGAAACGACCGACAUGAGCAGCCUGUCCAUUCUUUAUUCGGCGUCGUCGGUACAGAUAUGGCAAAAUAAACAGGCGACGAGCAGCCACGCCAACGGCCUCACGAUCGUAAUGCCACCGAGCCCUUCCCCAGAAGCCCAAGAGCUGGCAACACUUAUCAAAUCCCAAAGGCAGGGCCCAACAUACCAAUGUGACUUCCUGUCACUCAUCGAGGGCAGCAAGACCUUGCGUGGUGAUAUCGUCGUUCUCGCUAGUCUCGACGCAAACCUUUUCUUCGAACGCGACUUCAGCCAUGAAGAGACAUUCCAGGCUGCACAAUCCUUGCUCACCCGCGACGGGCCCGGGAACAUCGUUUGGCUGACUCGAGGAGGCCUGAUGGAGGUAUCCUCGCCGGAACAAGCACUGGUGUUAGGGCUUGCUCGCAGCGCACGCAGCGAGAACCCGGAGCUUCGUCUGGUCGUGCUCGAUAUCGGUCCUUCGUCUGAGAAAGCCCACACGGCCCGGUUUACAUCUUCUAUACUCGAUGCUUCAAUUGGGGAAGACGAGGUAGCAGAACGCGAUGGAAUUCUUCAUAUACCACGGAUCGUGGCCAGUGAUGACCUCAACUCCAGGAUUCCCAACGGCGUGCAAAGUGAACCAACCAUUCAACCCCUGUAUCAGCAGAACCGUCCUCUUGCCCUUCGUAUUGGCCGACCAGGCCUGCUGGAUACACUCAUGUUCUGCGAUGACACAGAGCUGACCAGCCGGCCACUCCAGCCCGACGAGCUGGAGAUCGAAGUCAAGGCAUCGGCGCUCAACUUCCGAGACAUCGCAGCCAGCAUGGGCAUCAUCGACGACUUCAAGCUUGGUGAUGAAUGCGCCGGGGUCGUCCUCCGGGUUGGGUGCAAGGUCUCAGCAGCAGAUUUUACUGUCGGCGAUCACGUCGUAGCCUGGCGUCCUGGACAGGGCGCGCAUCGAACGAUCCUCCGUAACCCUGCCUGUCUCUGCUACCGGUUGCAAGGGGAGAUGUCCUUCGCAGUUGCGUCGUCAAUCCCACUGGUGCUGACUACGGCGUACUACUCCCUUGUCGAUACAGCCCGCCUGCAACAAGGGGAGACAAUCCUCAUCCAUUCGGCGGCCGGGGGCGUCGGACAGAUGGCAAUCCAGAUCGCACAGAACAUCGGGGCUACGGUGAUAGCCACCGUAGGCUCUGCAGAGAAGCGCGCGUUCCUGGUUGAGACAUACGGGGUCCCAGACUCGCACAUUCUCUCCUCGCGAGACGACUCCUUCGUGGAGGGCAUCCGUCGUCUGACCAGCGGCAGGGGCGUCGACGUCGCGCUCAACUCUCUCGCUGGCCCUCUGCUAUUAGCAACCUGGGCAUCUGUCGCCCCCUUUGGCCGCUUCGUCGAAAUCGGGAAACGCGAUAUCCACCAGAACAGCCGGAUCCCGAUGGACCCCUUCCGCCGGAAUGUCGCCUUCGCGAGCGUGGACAUGAUCACCGUCUUCGAGCGGAACCAGGCCCUGGGCUCACGCGUCUUCCAAGAGUCCUGCACCCUCGUCCAUGAAGGCAAGAUCCAGCCGCCGCAGCCCAUUACGGAGGUUCCGUAUGCAGACGUCCAGCGAGCAUUCCGGAUGCUGCAAACCGGUGCCGCGAGUGGCAAGAUCGUUCUCACGCCGAGGCUGCAAGACAAGGUUCUUGUUGAACCGCCCAGGUUCCGUCGGAGACUGCUCUUUGAUCCGGAAAGGACUUACCUCCUUGUUGGUGGGUUGGGAGGUCUGGGUCGCCGACUCAGCGAGUGGCUGUUUCAACGCGGUGCGCGGCAUAUCGCGUUCUUGUCGCGCUCAGGAAAGAGUAGACCUGAAGCCCGUGAGACGGUUGACUGGCUAGAAGCUCGAGGUGUCGCCGUCAACGUGUUUAGUGGCGACGCAACAGACGCCGGCGUAGUCAACGAUGCCGUGGCCCAGAUAGAGGGUGCUGGACAUCGGCUGGCCGGUGUCUUUCAGGCUGCGAUGGUGCUUCAGGAUGCCCCGCUGCCUCAGAUGAGCUUUGCGCAAUGGCAGCGCUGUCUGGCUCCCAAGGUACGGGGUACGUAUAAUCUUCAUAAUGCCACUGCAGCACUGCCACUGGACUUCUUUGUCUGCUUCUCUUCGGUGUCGGCGGUGCUGGGCUCCAAGGGUCAAGCCAAUUAUUCGGCUGCCAACAGCUACCUGGAUGCACUGUGUGCCUAUCGCCGCAGCCUUGGACUGGCUGGCACGACCAUGAACGUCGGAAUGGUGGUGGGCGUGGGGGCAGUGGCCGAAGACGAGCAGCUGCAGACCGUGAUGGAGCGGAUAGGAUAUGACGCCGUGAAUGAAGAGGAGCUCUUUGCCCAGAUUGACGCGGCUGUGAGCUCAACACAGUCUCAGGGCAGACUCGACCAGGUCGACAAUCAAGGCCGAGACGCCCAUCAGAUCAUCACUGGCAUCAACCUGCGCCGGCCAACAUACUACUGGGCCAGCGAGCCUCGCUUCCGGAAUAUUUACGCCAACCAUGACUUUUCCGGCUCCAGCGAGGGCAGAAGUAACAAGCUGGACAUCAUGGCUCAACUGAAGGAGGCACCAGAUGAAGCAGGACGCGUCGAGAUUCUCACACUGCGCUUCCUCGAGAAGAUUGCCGCCGUUUUGUCUGUUGACCAGGCCACGCUUCAGCCCAAUCGCAGUCUUGGGGAUUACGGGCUGGAUAGUAUUGUUGCGAUUGAAAUCCGCCAGUGGUUCUUCAAGGCUGUCGGUGUGGAGCUGGUCAUGUUUGAUAUCCUCAGCAGUCGCAGUAUCCAAGCCCUGAUCGAGAAGGUUGCCUCCGUGAUGGUCCUCAAGAGCGAGAUUGAGCCUACUGCAGCAGGCAAAGACGUGCAAAGCAAUACCAAGCCGCCUAUCAAUGGCGAGAGUGAUGCUAGCAACGGGCUGCUUCCUGCAAAUGACAAUAUUUCGAUGGCAGACUUGUCUGUCACAGAAACCCCCAUGUCCUCCUUCCAACGACGCUUGUGGUUCAUGCACAAUCUGGCAGAAGCCCCGUCUUUCCUCAAUUUGCCUGUGGUUUUUCGACUUCAUGGUCACCCUAAUAGAGGCCUUGUCAAGGCUUCCCUCGAGGAGCUCAAGCGGCGAAAUGAGAUCCUCCGCACUGCCUAUUCCGAGGGUGAUGAGUUCUCCCAGCAGAUUGUCCUAGAUGACUACUCCAUUGAGAUUCCCUGGCAGGAUUUCUCAAUGCACAAACACUCUGAGGGAUUACUAGACGAAUAUGUCAAAUCCCUGAUGCAGCAGCCAUUGGACAUUGAAGACGGUGCAGUCAUGGUGGCCGCGCUGGUCAAGCUCACUGAGGACAGCCACGCCCUCGUUCUCAUCUUCCACCACAUCUGCAUUGAUCGAGGGAGCAGCCAGUCCUUCCUCGAACAGUUUACCGGCCUUUACGAUGCCUUUCGCAGAGAGCGAAGCCUGGUAUCAGUGGCUCAACCUGCAGUCAGCUACAGCCAAUUCAGCAUCUGGCACAACGCCCUCCUCCAGUCAUCGGAAAUGCACCCUAGCCUCACUUUUUGGAAAUCCGUCUACGAGCAUCCCCCAGCAACAGCAAUGCAGCUUCUCCCAUUUGCAAAGACAGUCCGACCAGAGGUCAACGACUACCAGCGCCGUGUCCACCGGGCUACCUUGAAAAAGGCCCUGUUGCAGCGCAUGAAGCGCAUUUGUGCCCGGGUGCAAGUCACUCCAGCACAGUUCCUCAUGGCUGCUCUUCGCGCAUUCCUGUACAGAUACACCGAGGAGGAAGACCUGACUAUCCACCUUGUCGAUGGCAACCGUCCUCACCCUGCUGUUAACGACACCCUUGGCUUCUUCGUCAACGUUGUUCCUGUUCGCUGCGAGGUAGACCAUUCCGGUAGCUUCGAGGCCGUCCUGCGCCAAAUCAAAGACCGUGUCAUCUCGGCCCUGCAACAUUCAAAGCUCCCUUUUGACGCUAUUGUGGAUGCAGUAGGUGCCGCAAGAACUCCUUCCCAUUUCCCCCUGGGUCAGGUUAUCCUCAACUACCAGGUGCAUGGGACCAUGCCUGUGUAUUCCGCCGGGGACUUUGAUAUAACCGAUGUCCAGGGCGACGAUAUCCCCACUGCCUGUGAGAUUGGACUAGAGGCGCUCGAGGAUCCCAUUGACGGGUUGAAGCUUCGUCUGGAAUACUCGAGCACGCUGUACGGAGACGAUGACAUGGAUCGGUUCUUGGAUAACUUCGUCUCCUUCUUGAGCAGUAGCAUCCACGACUAUCGCCAGCCAGUCGCGGAGGUCAACAUGGUUGGAUCAAAAGAGUUGACCUUUUUAAAGCAAAACAUGUUCAGCCUUGACAUUGUUCCCAACUCCUGGGAGAAUAUGUCUGUUUCAGACCGCAUUCUCGCCAUCGCCCGACAAUAUCCAGAUAACCUGGCUGUGGAAAGCUCAGACCCCAACGACAACCUGACAUACGAAUCUCUCGUCUCCCAGGCCUCCGACAUAGCUCAGUGGAUUGUCAAUGCCGGCAUCCAGCCGGCGAGCAAGGUGGGCAUUCUCUCAAGGCCUGGGACGGCUGCAGUGGCUUCGAUGCUUGGGACACUAUUUGCGGGCUGCGGCUUUGUGAAUCUCGACCCUGAUUUCGCAAAGGAACGUCUGGCUUUUAUGAUUGCCGAUUCCGGUGCCGCGCUUGUCCUGACAGAGGACAGACUGGAAGAUAGAGCUCGCGCACUUUCGCCCAGCCCUGUGCUGGCCAUCGGGCGUAUCCCACGCUCGGAGGCAAUUGACUCCCCCGUCCCCACGAAGGCGGACUUUCCAUUCUACACUAUUUAUACCUCGGGGAGCACCGGGACCCCAAAAGGCGUCGUACUGAGCCAGGCCAACACACAGCAGAUGCUCAGCACGCUGCACCACGACUACCACUUUGACUGCAACGACCGCUUCCUCCACCACUCCUCAAUUUCAUUCGAUCUCUCAAUCGUCCAAAUAUUCUCUGCGCUGACCUCAGGAGGCCGAGUGUGCGUCGCCAGCGCCGAAAUCCGCAAAGACCCGCUUGCUCUCGCAACGUACAUGCAGGCGGCCCGGGUCUCCAUCACAUACUUCACGCCCACGCAGUUCGCUCUGCUGAUUGAAAAUGCGUCGGACAUUCUGCAGAACAUGAGGAACUACCGCAUUGCAUACUUCGCCGGCGAGAGACUGCCUGUCCGCGUAGCCAAGGCGUUCUACGACCUCGGAACACCGGCCAGGCUGUAUAAUACCUGGAGUCCGAGCGAGCUUGUGGUGCAGACGACUAUCCAAUAUGUCGACUACCCAGAGGAUGAUACGGUGAAUAUACCAAUUGGAUUUCCCAUGGCAAAUACCCGCCAUUACAUUCUCGAUGCCAAUGCAAGCCCGCUCCCCGUGGGCGUUGUCGGGGAAAUCGUCGUCGGCGGAGCCCAGGUUGCACUGGGAUACAUCGACCGCCCGGACACCAACGAGCGAGCGUUCCUGCCUGACCCUUUCUGUCUGUCGGAGGACUAUGAACGCGGCUGGGGCCGUAUGUUCAGGACAGGGGACCGCGGGCGGUUCCUGCCGGACGGACGUCUGGAGUUCCAUGGACGUAUUGCCGGCGACAAGCAGGUGAAGUUGCGUGGUUACCGUGUUGACCUUGGUGAGGUUGAGCAGCGGAUAUUCGUGGAAGCGAACGGAGAUGAGGGUAGGGAGAUGGCUCUUGUCGACCUUGCUGUCGUUGCACGACAGGUCACAGUGGAAGCGCAUGAGCCGGACAAUGCCACUGAUGACCGGCAGUUGAUUGCGUUUGCUGUGCCCCGAACUCCUCCUUCACAGAGUGAGCAAGCUGCCUUUGCAUUUCGGCUGAACCGGCUGGCUAGUCGGCAUCUUAAUGCGUACAUGCUGCCCAGUGCGUAUCAGUUUGUGGAGAAACUGCCUACGACCAUCGGGGGAAAGGUCGACAUGCAGCGCCUGUUGAAGUGUCCCUUGCACCCUGUAUUCCCGGUUGAAGAGAAGAUCGCUUCAAGGUCUGUUACAGCAGGGACGUCUGACGGUGCAGAUGGUGCUGUUCUGAAGGUCGUGAUCCAGGGCUUUCGCCAGAUGCUCAAACUGCCACCAACACGACCAGUUGGGCCAGACGACAGUUUCUUCGCCCUUGGAGGACACAGUCUCCUCCUGAUGCGUCUGCAGGCCCGGCUAAAACGAGCUCUCAAGAGGCCACUUGCCUUGAAUCCAAUGUUCAAAAGCCCUACUCCAGCCGGGAUCACGCAGCUCAUCCUCGGUGGAAGCCCGGUUGCUGUUGGCCCUCAACCCUCAAACACCGGUUCGAUUGACUGGGCUGCUGAGACAAAGCUUGAUGAUGCAUUCAAACCUUCCUCUACCAAUAUCAAGCCCUCCCAGAUUACCUCUGUACUUCUGACCGGCGUGGACUCCUUCAUUGGCGUGCAUAUGCUAGCCACACUCCUCGAGGACGCCUGUAUAGACAACAUCUAUAUACUCGGGACUCAAAGACGCCUCGAAGCCACCGACAUCCACCGCUCCCUUGACCACUACCGCUUAUCCGACCUGCUUCCGUCACGCGAGGACCUGGACCUCCGCAUCCACAUCGUCCCCGGCACCCUCGUCUCCCCCCAGUUCGGCCUCUCGCCCGCAGCAUUCCGCCAGCUGGCACGCAAUGUCCAGUCCAUAUACCACCUAGGCGGCUACGUCUCACUCCUACGCCCCUACGACGAUGCCCUACGCAGCGCCAACGUCGCCCCAGUCCACGACAUCAUCCACCUCGCCAGUCUCGGCCGCACAAACACACACAUCCACCACUUGUCCACCUGGUCCGUUCCCCAUCUCCAGACAUGGUCUACAACCACAACCACCAAAACCACUAGAGGCACCGCCAUAACAGCCAACGAAACCAGCGCCGCCCAUUUCACCCCCGAAUCCUCAGAUCGCCUGGGCUACUUCAAGUCCCGCUGGGCCGCAGAAAUGCUCAUGGGCCAUGCCGCAGACCGCGGCUUUGCCGUCUCUAUAUACCGCGCUUCCGCAGCAACGGGCGACUCGCGCACUGCUGUCCCGGAACCAGGUGAUGACUUUAUACGCACGAUGGUUGUGUCUAUGCUGCGCGCUGGAGCGAUCCCGCAGCUCCCGCGUGCUGAUACUGAGCGUGAGCGUGGACGCCCGUUUGUGGUCGAUUUUGUCCCGGUCGAUUAUAUCACUAGUGGGAUUCAUGCGCUGGCGAUGCGGCGUGGUCGAGGGGGGAUAGAUGCACGAGGACCUAAUUUGGAUCCAGUUGCUGAUGCUGGCUCUGGUGCUGCCAUUUACCAUCUCUCCAACCCGUCGCCACUCCCCAUUUCCCAGCUUCCGGCCGUCACAGAGGAGAUCUUUGGGCGGGAGGGCCGGAGUCUGCCGGUGGAUGAAUGGUUUGAGGCCGUGGCGCAGCUGGAUACAGCGCCUGAGGCCCAGGUGCGGUGGGCCGUGCUGAAGGAGUACUUUGAUUUGGGACAUUCCAUGUUUGGGCUUGAGAGUGCGAAGACGAGGAGUGUUCUUGGGGAGUUGGGGGUUGCUGCUUGUGAGAGUGUUGGUGUUGAGUAUCUCAGGGCGAUGCUGGAGCGUGAAGGAUAG